AUGUCUUCACAAAAGCAAUCAGUCAUUCUUCAUAUCUAUGAUGUGCCGUCGGCCAACCAAUACAUAACACUAAUGUCUCCAGAUUUGGGCGCUUUUCAUACGGGAACCGAAGUGUAUGGCAAAGAAUACUCAUUUGGUGGCCAUUCUUAUGAUAGCACCGGUAUAUUCAUUACAACGCCUAAAGACAUCAAAUCUCUCAGUGUUAGCAACACUUUUAAAUACAAAGAAUCCAAAAUUAUUGGAAACACAGAACUCAGUGAAGAGAGUAUCAAACAAAUGGUGUCAGAAAUGGGUGCCAAAGACUUCAGAGGAAAAGAUUAUAAUCUGAUUCAAAGGAAUUGUAAUCACUUUUCCGAUGCCUUUUGUAAAAAACUGUGCGGUAAAGGCAUUCCUAAAAAUAUCAACAAUUUGGUCAAAACUUUAGCACAAUAUCCAUGGCUUGAAAAACAAAUACCCAAAGAGUUUGUGACUCCGAAAGCACUCCAAAACAAAGUCAAAGACGAAGAGAAAAAGGCUAAACAAAAGGAAAACAAACAAAAUUCUAGUGAUUCUAAUAGCGAUACAACUAAUGAAUAA